ACACCCGUCUUAUCAAGUGACAUACAACGCGUAGAAAGGACUCUCUCGAUGUCUCCGUCUCAGAUGAGGAUUUAAUACUCUACUAACUCGAAAUUAUGACACGCGAAGCAAGUUUGACGUUUCGCAGGGUCCGGCGGAGGUGCCCAACCUGUUCUCUGAAUCGAUCCAAGAGGCCAACAAGCGUUCCGGUUGCUCUCCUCCGGGAAGAAUCCUAACCCUCGAUCAUGUCGGCCGCGAUGUCCAUAUCCAGCCGCCGCUCUCCUUCCGAGCUUAGCCGGCCUACUCCUCCGGCAACCAUAAUCCACCGACCACCGUUCCAGACACGCUGUCAGGAUCCAGCCGCCGCUCCUUCCUCGGCCGUCGGGCCCACUCCUCCGGCAACCAUAAUCCCCAAGUCCCACCCCCUACCACCGUGCCAGACACGCUGUCCGGAUCCAGCCGCCGCUCCUUCUUCGGCCGUCCGGCCCACUCCUCCGGGCGUGUCCGGCCGUGCGGGAAUCCGUCCACCGGCCCUCUCCUCUGUCCCCAGCCGUCCCGAGUGCGUCCUCCUGGACUCAUGUGGGUAUGGCUUCGUGGACGUGGACGACAACGACACCACCGCGCAAGCCUUCUCGGAGGCGACAGGAACCAUCCGUGUGACUUUCGUUAUCUCCGAUCUCCCGUGCCUCUCGCGCUUCUACGUCCGCUGCCUCGACCUCCCAACCAGCCCCUUCAUCACCGAGCCCAAUAUCGUUUGCUCGGCGGAGAACCUCGCUCUCCUCAGCUUCCAUCUGUCCACUUCCUGGUUGCCAGAGCACUUCAUCUACAGGGCCGGGCGGAACGGGCGCCCGCCAUCGCUUGACGCGCUUCCCGACAUCAGCAGGUACCUACAUAGAGAGACAACCAAACCAUGCCUUAUCGGCGUCUUGCCUGACGGCGGCGGCGCAGACUUCGUCCUGGCAGCUUUCACAAGGGAUAAAUUGCAGUACAAACUCCAUAUCUUCAGAUCCAAGCAGCGUGCCUGGACCACUGAGCUCUUGUUCCCGGAUCUUCCUCCUUGGCUGACCAAGAAAGGGGCAACAGUUUCUCCCAGCAAGGUGAUUGCUUUACAAGGCGGAGUGCUGGGCUUUGUCGAUCUCUGGAAGGGUAUUUUAUUUUGCGAUGUGCUGUCUGAACUUGUGAAAACGUGGUUUGUUCCACUGCCCAAGCUUCUGCCCAAUAACCGAGUAAACUACAACAGAUUGCCGGCACGCCCCAUUCGUGAUGUCACCUGCCCCGAUGGUUUGAUAAUCAGGUGUGUCGAGUUGGAAGAUCUAUAUGUUAUCAAAACCAGCAUUCCUGAUGCCUCAACCAAGGAUCUAUUAUUUGAUUUUGAUGCGGUUGAUCCAACUGAGGAGAAGGAAGUACAAGAGUUUGUUGGUUGGAGGCUCAUUACAUGGUCUAGGGAGGUCUUUUGGGACUAUUGGUGCAAGGACAGUGUGGUUCAUCUAGAUGAACUUGGAAAUGUGUCCUUGCCUCAUCCAGAUUCCGGCUGCGAUGGUGCUGCAAAAUUGCCAUUGGAAACCCUGAAAACAUGUUACCCAACCGCGUGUGGUGAUGGCAUUGUUUGUCUCAUGUCCAAGAAAAAUCAUCGGGACCAUGAUGCAUGGAUUCUCACUGUUGACAUGAGGACCAAGAGAGUGGGAGAGCCAGUGCCAUUUAAUGCCAAGAGAUCAUCAGAUCGUAAUCCCACCUACAUUCCUUGUGUGCUGAACAAAUAUCUGAAUAGUGAAUCGGAUCUAGCUCAGGUUGGCUUGCAAAAUGCCCGUUUUCGUGGGCAUUUUUCGCUUCAGCUGCCCCUUCAAAACUCGAACAAGCACAGUAAUAUUUCCCAACAGAAACGACAGCGACUGCUGUCCCCGCAGAAGGCGAACAACCAUCCUAAUGCUUACCAACAGAAGCGGCAGACCAUUGAUUCAAAUGAGGCGACCAGCUCAUGUACUUCUCAUCAGAUAACACGUGAGAUUCUUGAUGCUAAUGUGCGAUGGGCAAAGUAUACAAACCCACCAGAUUAUCUGUUCGGUUUGAUGGGGUCUAGAGAUGAAGGGGAUUGGGGGGAUUAAAUCCUUGCCAGUCAAAAUUCCCCUCCAAUUCCCUUGGUGGGGGAUUAGCCAAACAAGGCUUGAAGGUAACUAGCAGGUUUGUGCGCGGCGGCAGGCCGCGCUUCACAAUACAUCUGCAUAUAAAUUUUAUAUAUUUGGCUCGAAUGUGUUCAUAUUUAUUUUUGUCUUGUUGGAUAAAUCUUUUCUUGGAGCAGGAGGUCAUUUAUAUGAUAGGGUAAAUGGUAUUUUAUAUUGAAUUGAAAACAAUCAUAAGUUCGAUGAAUCGAAAAUGGCACAGUAAUGGUUUGGUAUUCUGGAGUUUCUACUUAAACAAUAGUUUUCAAUAAAAGGGAUGACUCCCCCAAUUUCAUAACGAAACCAACUUUGUCUUACAACCAAAACGCACCACGGCCAACUUGGAGAACAGGCCCUCACAAGCCCAUCCGCAGGGAACCUAGUUGAUCAGGGCCUAGGUAAAGCAGUACUUAGACAAUAGUGUUAUGGUGAUAUCAAAGGCACAAUUAUAAACUUGAUGUUUAACAUUAGCGUGCAUGCUGCACCCGUCACUUGUUGCUCUGCAUUGGUUCUGAUGUUUAGGCUGAGUUGGACAACACUUUCUGCCAUGGGAAAAGGACACAAUAUGGUUGGUACAAUCGUUGUCGCCUUAAGUCAUUUUGUGAGAUGUUAGAAAAUGCCAAGUGCAAAUUCACCUGUGCGGUGUUGAUUGGCGUUACUGGUAUAGAAUGCUCCCUCAUGUCUUUAGAUAAACAAUAAUGUUCCACAUGCUUGAACAUAGAGAAUCCUGAGUUUCUUUCUCCUCUUCCUAGUUGUCACAAUCUUCCAAUUAGUACUCCUAGCAUACUUCAACUUAUGUUGUGAAUGUGCCCCUCCAAAAAAUGUGUAAACUCUACAGUCUAUUUGUGUGUAUCAGUUCAAGAUUUGUAAGCCUGCACACCGUUGAAUGUUGCUAAGGAUUAUAUGAGAAUUAGCUAUUUGAUUCAUGCCUUCCUAAAAUGCCUAAAGAAUACCCUGAAAAACAUGGAAUCAACUGCUCUGUGUGGUCAAAUUGUAUUGUAAACAUCAUAUACUUUAGUCAACUUGUGUAGUACUAACUGAAUAAGAAAUCCGAUUCUGAAGUCCUGGAACGAAAUAGAUCUCUGGUUUAGCAGAGGCCAGAAGGUAGAAACUAUGUGGCCAAUCGAAAAUCUCACAUAAACAAAUAGCAAAAAAAGAAAAAAAAAACUAGGAAGCGGCACAUGUAACAGAGGACAAAAGAAAAAUCCUGAGAAGAAAUAUUUCUCUCGUGUACAUGCAGUAUGAAUGUAUAAGGCAUACAGUUAGCUUUGUAACGAAUAGCUUAGAGAGUAAAAUUAAUCCACCAGUUAUCUGUCAAAGCCAGGCUUUACAAAAAUCAAUUGAGCAAAGGUUAAGCGCUUAACAUAUCACAAUGAUAUCAAUUUUCACCAAAAAGUACAAAUAGAGUAACAGAUUCAUGGUAGAUAUACUGCAAUUUGUGCUCCUAACCAGUUGGCAAAUGUUGGUUUGCUAUUAGGAUAUUUACUGGGUACCAAUAUGCUGUCUAGGUGGUGUAUAGCAACCAUUAGGUGAUUUAUAUCUACUACCUCCGGCCGAAAUUAGAUGGCACUCAAAAGGAUGCAUCUAGAUGUAUUUCAGUGCUAAAUACAUCCGUUUGAGCCUUAACUAAUUUCAGAGUGAGGAAGUACAAUCGUUUCCAUCAGUAAAGAGAAACUGAGUUAAUCCCAUUUGGCAUACUAUUUAGAAAUUAUCUUGUCCGGCAAAGGUUAAAAAAUUUAUAUCUGCCUGACAUUGGAUGACACUCUACCGUGUAGUGUUACACUUGCCAAUUGACACAUGAAAGUUUCGCCCUUUCGUCCAUCUUGUUCCUCUUGCCUAGAAGAUAUGAAACAAUUGUUGUUUCGGUGCCAUAAAGCAGAGAGAGGUGGGGUUGCAUUCGUCCCCCAAUGGCCUUUGUGAAGGUUAAUGUUGAUGUUUCUUUUGAUCAUGAUUUUCUUAAGGGUGCGGUUGGAGCGGUCUUGAGGGGCGAUAAAGGAAAAUUCAUUGCAGGAGGCCUUUGAAGAAUCAAAUGGUGUGAGACGUUCUCCGACGGAAGCUCUGCCGCUUAGAUUCGGUCUAUCCUUGGCGCAACGGACGGGAUUUAGUCGACUUGUCAUUAAUUCUGAUAUAAUUUGGAGGUCAUCGAUGCCAUGAAUAAUAGAGCAUGGUCGGUACGAGUGGCGGCGGCAUUUUUGAUGAUUGUUAUUUUGUUGCUUGUGAUUUUUAAUAUUUCUAGGUUUCAACAUUGUAAUAGAGAAGCAAAUAAGGUUUCUCACGAGCUUACUAGAUUGGCUAGUUUUUUGACAGCACACUUGAGACUUGACACUUUCUCACAUAGGUGAUACUAGCACAUAUGCCUGUGCGUUGCAACGGGAAAAAUUGAUAUUUUGUGCAAGCAUAAUGUCCCACAGCACCGGAUUCAAAGAAUAUGUUAUACAAAAUGAACAUAAAAAAAUACGUUAAUCUUUCUUUGA